UGGCAGUAUGUAUAACCCUUUGAGGCUGGGGUUUGCAGGGGUUUGAUUGGUGGCGUCUGCUUGUUCUGUGAUCAGGUUCCUCUGAAGAAAGGCAAGCCAUAGUUGCCUCAGCCUGUUUCUGAUUGGCUGCCCUGUGUGACUCUUCUCUCCCCCCCCCCCCGCCCACCACAGCAGGCUGUUCUAUGAAACCUAAAACAGCCCCGUAUAUAUCCAUUCAUGAAUCUGUGACGUCAGUAAGCCUCUGUGUUCUCCUUUGCAGCAGGGUUGCAGGAUUGUGUGGGUGGAAUUUCCUUGCUGUAUUUUUCAAAGCAGUUUUUUAUUUUUGCCUUCCAUCUCCAAUGCAAGAAAAUGGAGCAAGAGUGUAGAAAUUAUACAUUGUUGUAAGUAUCUUGACAAAUCUGUCUUUUUUGAAGCGGCUGAAGCAGCCGAGUUUGCAGAAUGACGGUAUUACCUUCUCUCCAUUUAUUUCAAAUAAACAGAUGGAUGGUGCAUUAGGGGUGUAAAAGGACGGGGAAUAAUGUUUAAAAAACAUAUUAAAGCCAAGAAUAUUUAUUUGUCUGACAGAUGUUUAUCCAUUUAUUUGUCUGUACAGUGAUUGUGGCCAUGUUUCAUUUGCAGAUCUGGAGGUUGUUUAAUGGUUCUUGUUUCUAAAACUGGAGAAUACAGAUUUCAGGCAGUAGUGGCUAUCUGAAAAGACAGAGGUUAUGAAUAUUGAAGGAAGGAUGUAAAAAUGAUCAUAGGCAAAACAGAAUAAUUGUGAUUUCAGAAAGGCAACCUCUCUUUCAGGUUGUAAAAAUAUUCUGUUGUCUACUCGUGUAGUUUGGAUGCCAUGCUGAUAAAACUUAAAAUGUAUCUGUAUUGACUUGGUACUUGGGAUUUUUCUUUCCCAAUUUUUCUGGAGACUACCAAGGAAAUCCUGGGUUCCUAUGCAAAGGAAGGCAAUGACAAACCACCUUUGCUCAUCUCUUGCCUUGAGAAUCCCAUGAGAGGUCACCAUGAGUUGGUUAUCACUUGACGGGGCCACUUGCUACAGUAGGAGCGAGCAUAUUUUUUUGUUUACAUAAUAUAUGUGACUUUCUGCUCCAUGCACACUCACAGUACAAUGACCAGUUCUCAGGAACCCCUGAGCUGGUCUUCAUCUACAACUGUGAUCACCAAGACCCUAAGUGAAGACAAAGACUUUAGUGGAAUGCAUGGAGAACAUAUGCCUGCUGGUCUCCAGUCUUCACCUGAGAUCAUAGAAGAUGUACGAGACAAGGGUUUGUUUCAGAGCAAUAUAUCAGAGAACAUUAGCAGCCCAAUUGCCACGACAGUACUGACCAGCAUAAGUGAGGAUUCUAGGGACCAGUUUGAAAAUAGUGUGCUGCAGUUAACUGAACAGGAUGAAUUAGAAACAACCAUUCACCAGGACAACAGUAACAGCGUUGGGAGGGAAACCAACAGUGGAACAGAUGACAUCAAGAUCCAGUUCAACAGAUCAGGCAGUGGAAAUGUUGGAUUUCUUGAAGGACUCUUCGGCUGUUUGAAGCCAGUAUGGAAUAUUAUAGGCAAAGCAUACUCCACUGACUACAAGCUGCAGCAACAAGAUACAUGGGAGGUUCCUUUUGAGGAGAUUUCUGAACUGCAGUGGCUGGGCAGUGGAGCACAAGGAGCUGUUUUCUUGGGCAAGUUCCGAACAGAGGAAGUAGCCAUCAAAAAAGUGAGAGAACAGAGUGAAACUGAUAUCAAGCACUUGAGAAAGCUGAAACACCCUAACAUCAUCGCUUUCAAGGGAGUUUGCACUCAGGCACCCUGUUAUUGUAUAAUAAUGGAGUACUGUGCUCAUGGACAACUGUAUGAAGUCUUGCGAGCAGGCCGGAAGAUCACACCCCGACUGCUUGUGGACUGGUCCACAGGGAUUGCUGGUGGAAUGAACUACUUACAUCUUCAUAAGAUCAUCCACAGAGACCUCAAGUCACCUAAUGUAUUAGUCACUCACAACGAUACAGUAAAAAUUUCAGAUUUUGGUACUUCCAAAGAACUCAGCGAUAAGAGUACAAAAAUGUCCUUUGCAGGAACUGUAGCCUGGAUGGCCCCAGAAGUGAUUCGCAAUGAACCUGUCUCUGAAAAAGUGGAUAUUUGGUCAUUUGGGGUGGUUUUGUGGGAACUUCUCACUGGAGAGAUUCCUUAUAAGGAUGUAGACUCCUCAGCCAUCAUCUGGGGUGUAGGCAGUAAUAGCCUGCACCUUCCUGUGCCCUCCACUUGCCCAGAUGGAUUCAAACUCCUUAUGAAGCAAACAUGGCAAAGCAAGCCGCGGAAUCGGCCCUCUUUCCGACAGACACUUAUGCACCUUGAUAUUGCAUCUGCUGAUGUACUGGCGACUCCUCAGGAGACUUAUUUCAAGUCACAGGCUGAAUGGAGAGAGGAAGUGAAGAAGCACUUUGAGAAAAUUAAAAGUGAAGGGACUUGUAUACAUCGGUUAGAUGAAGAACUUAUUCGCCGCAGAAGAGAAGAACUCAGGCAUGCACUGGACAUCCGUGAACAUUAUGAGAGGAAACUGGAGAGGGCCAAUAAUUUAUACAUGGAACUCAGUGCCAUCAUGUUACAGCUGGAGGUUCGGGAAAAGGAGCUUAUUAAACGGGAACAGGCUGUGGAAAAGAAAUAUCCUGGGACUUACAAACGUCACCCAGUCCGGCCCAUAAUCCAUGCCAAUACAAUGGAAAAAUUGAUGAAGAGGAGAGGAGUCAACCACAAGCCUGGAGGUCAGAUUAAACGGCCUGAUCUGUUGAGGUCUGAUGGCAUUUCCAACACUGAGGUGGGACCUAGUGGCUCUCCCCUCUCAGGGAGUCCCAAGAUGUCUACUGUUAAUAGCAAAGGCCGUUACCGUAGCAAACCACGCCACCGACGAGGAAACAGCAAAGGCAGCUACAGUGACUUCACAGGGAUUUUGAAAAGCCAGCCAGCCCAGGAGGACUCGGACCAGCCAUCUCACCAUCCUCAACAUCCUCCUCCUCAUCAUGGGCAUCACCCUCGGCUAAACACACAUGGGCAGGACAUAGCCAACUGCGCUAACAACCUCCGGUAUUUUGGCCCUGCUGCAGCUCUGCGUAGCCCUCUUAGUAAUCAUGCCCAGCGGAGGAUGUCUGGCUCUAGCCCUGACCUUCUGUCUGCAGCCAUGGAAGCUGAUUCACGAAGAAAUCUGGAGGGGGAUGAGGGCAGCAAGGCUAAUAAUUGGGAAUGCUGUGAAGGAGACAUGUACAACCUCUGUCCAGAGUGCAGACUGGGGUCAAAUCAUUCCAACAAAGGACAGUCACUUGAGCCAGGGCCGGAACAACCAGAGGCACCAAUGCAUGACCCGUUGUAUGCUAAUGUGCAGUUUCUUGGAAGGAGUGAGGGAAGUGAAUUUAGCACCCACAAGUCAGUGUCCUCCCAUGGCUCCUCCCGCCCUGCGAGCACUCCAGGACUGCUGUGUAAAACACGACCCCUCCCAAAGAGUGGUGAUGACUCUUCAGAAGAAGAAGGAGAAGUAGACAGUGAAGUGGAAUUUCCUCGAAGACAAAGGCCACAUCGCUGCAUCAGUAGCUGUCAGUCCUAUUCAACUUUCAGCUCUGAGAACCUCUCUGUGUCUGAUGGAGAGGAAGGGAAUACCAGUGAUCAUUCCAACAGCCCAGAUGAGCGAGCCAACAAGCGAGGAGGUCAGUUGGCUGAGAAGCUGGAUGAGAUGCUGUCACAGACUCCAGAAAUCCCCAUUGAGAUCUCUACCCAGUCUGAUGGUCUUUCUGAUAAAGAGAGUGCUGUACGCAGGGUGAAAACACAGAUGUCCUUAGGCAAGCUGUGUCCUGAGGAGCAUGGCUAUGAGAAUCCUGGGGAGUUUGGAGACUCCGGUGGUGACUCUUCAGCUGGGGAGUGCUCUGAUGCAACCGUGAGGACCAGUAAAGCUUGUAGUUCUGCAACCUGGUAAUGAUGAACUCUGUUCCGCAGUCAUUUUAUCAGCUGGCGUUUUGAUUCCCUCAUGAACUCUUUCAUUUUCUUCUCUGAGAAACUGCUUCUUAACCCCAUCACCAAAAUGAUCUGCAAUAACUUGAAUCUUUGGAGAAAUGUUCUGAUGAAUCGGUUUUUCUGUGAGCAUUUCAAUCAAGAAUGGCAGGGAUGUAUUUUAUUGAAUAAUUGAGCUACUGUACCAUAUUUUUGGCAUUUUAACACUUUUUACUCUAAAGAGUGAAUUGUAUCAUAGACAAAAUUUGUUGCAAAAAAUUAAGAUAGGUCUAUGAAAAAGAAUAAUCUUUUUGAGUCUUAGAUUGCAUGCGUAAAUAGGCUAGGAUGUGAUGCUGCUAUUUUGGCAUGGGACCAAGCCUCAUGGCCCUGAAGAAGCAGGAAAUAAAGGAAGUUGACUCAAUGACAUGGUCUCAUCCAAUGGGUGAGGUUACCAGUGAACAAAGAAGAGCGUUAAUGUAAAGAGUGUACCUUUAACAAAGUUGUUCACCUUCCUGGAAGUUUUUGGUAGCAACGUGUAUCUAGUCACUGCACACCUGGAAUAUGAGAGUGGGAGCUAAUCGUAUUAGUUGAUCAGUCUUCAGCAGUUGUGACAUCCUACAACUAUAUUCUAGCUUCAGCUUCCCUCUAGCACUUUUCACCAUUCUGCUACUGUGAGAUCUGAAGAUGCAGCAUGGAGUGGCUGCUGAACAGACAGAAAAGAAGGUGCUGUAGCUUUGGUUACCUUCCUCUUCUUUUCAACCUGCCUUUUUGUUUGCUUCCUUCAAUUAAAAACAAAUCGAUCAAAUUAAUUUUCAUAUAAUGAGAACUCACACACUCUGCACAUCCUGAGGAAUACUAGAGGAAGAAACUGAAACUGUUCCUGCCAUGGCUGACAUUUGCCAGUACACAAUAACGGAGGAUUAUACUUGGAUGAAGUCAGAGGAACAGUCUUACUUGGACAACACUACUGGCCACCCCUUUGUUUUUAGUGUUCUCAUAUGGGAGUAUUUUGGGGCUGAUAUAAAGUAAUAUUUGGAAUACAGAGAUGAGUAGAGGAUGUCCUUCAUUUUGGGUCAGAGAGAACCUAAGCCAUAUUUCCAUAGUGAUGAAUUUUGGACUGGAAAAGGCCCAAGGCUGUUGCCUUUCCUAAGAGAAUGGUAUUCCACUUUCCCCCUGCAUUACCUCAUUCUUACUAAGCCACUUUCUGGGGUUUAUAAUAAUGAAUUGGAAUAUAGCCUCCCCUCAAGCGCUGAAUCUCAUUUUAUAGGCAAAGUGCUGCUGUUUGCUUUUACCUGGGUGCCCAUAGCAUGCCCUGUAAUUUUUACAUUCACAGGUGGAAGGAGCCUUGUGUGGAAUGUAAACUUGUAGUAGGACCUAUAUUUUAGUCAGUGAUUUAAGAGUUGCACCUCCACUCCCAAAAUGAAGGACAAGGACAGUUUGUAUGAUGUGCUGCUGUUUGUUUACAUAUGAUUUGAAUUUUUUGUAAAUGUAUAGCCUACUGGCAAAUUGAAGGGAAAUUCUUUCAGAGAACAGUAUUGUAUGAGUUAAAUUAUUCCAUAUUUUUUAAAAAAAUUGUAGCUGGACUACAUGAAUCUUAAGUUAUGUUAUUGUUGUUAUUUAUUGUAAUUGCUAUAGAUUACUGGCAGGUCUUAUCAUAGCACAAUUUUAUUGAGUCCUUGCUCAGUUGCCCCC